AAUAAAUUAUAUAAUACAAUUGAAGUUAGAUGGAUAUGAGCCCCGGAAUUUCUAUCGGCCCGAGCCAGACAUCAACAAGGACAAGGCUGUCAGAGCAUGGGCCACCAUCGAACAAGGCUGAGAAAACAGAGCAGUGAAAGAUGGCCCUCUUCGCCAUACACAACAGUCCUUGCAACAUCAACCUAUUUUUGAUGGAAGUCAGCCGACUCAGCACCUCAACAAACAAGAGGUCGUACAUUUAUCGGGUACCUCCUUUCGACGUCGGCUAGUCCGGGUAGCCUGAUGUGCACUUUGAGACGAUCAAAGCCAGAUCAUGUUGAUGCAGACAAAAGAUAAACAAGAAUGGCAAGCGUAAGAAAGACACAUGAUGAUUAUACCAUUGCCUGGGUGUGUGCGUUGCCGCUGGAGGCAACCACUGCAACAGUCAUGCUGGACACCAAACACCCUCCACUUCAACAACCACCGGGCGAUGAUAACGCGUAUGAACUUGGUGAGAUAGCCGAUCAUAAUAUUGUCGUGGCGCACCUACCAGCAGGGGUGUACGGUAUAACUUCAGCAGCGACCGUCGUCGCCCAAAUGCGAACCUCGUUUCCCUCGAUUCGCUUCGCCAUCCUCGUCGGCAUUGGGGGAGGAGUUCCCAGUGCAAGACAUGAUAUCCGGCUGGGUGAUGUCGUGGUCAGCCAGCCGACCGGGCGCUCGGGCGGGGUGGAGCAGUAUGACUAUGGAAAGACCGUCAAUGGCGGCUUCCAUCGCACCGGAAUGCUGAGUCCGCCUCCGCAGGUUCUGUUGACCGCAAUGGCUCGACUACAGGCCGGCGAGAUACAAGGCCACAACGCGAAUAUGGUAGACGUGGUAUCGAAUAUACUGGGCACCAAUAAUGAGAUAACAAGCCGAUGUUCACGGCCAAUGGAACCGGAUCAACUCUUUCAUGCGGCAUAUACCCAUCGGGAUGGCGAGGAAACUUGUGUUUCCUGCGAUCGGAGCCAACUAUUCCUCCGGAAUCCACGACAGCCGAAUCAACCACGGAUCCAUUAUGGAGUGAUUGCGUCUGGGAACCAGGUCAUGAGGGACGGACAGAUUCGAGAUCGGCUCGCUAAAGAUAUCGGAAUGCUCUGCUUUGAGAUGGAGGCUGCUGGGAUCAUGAACCAGAUUCCGUGUCUGGUUAUUCGGGGCAUCUGUGACUACUCUGAUUCACAUAAAAACAAGCACUGGCAAGGAUAUGCAGCGCUGACCGCGGCCGCUUAUUCCAAAGUGCUGCUCUCUGUCGUGCCCGUCAAUCAAUCUCGGAGGAACCCAGCAUCUCGAAGUGCGUCCUGGAUGGUUCCUUUUGCACGCAAUCCGCGAUUUUUGGGACGCGCGGAUCUGGUGCUGGAGUUAAAACAAGCUAUCGUCGAAAAAGGUUGUGCACGGAAAAGAGCUAUUGCCGGCUUGGGCGGAACUGGAAAGACUCAGAUUGCAUUAGAACUAGCCUAUGCGCUUCGGACCAGCAAUCCUGAAUUCUCGACCUUUUGGAUUCCAGCGAUGAACACCGAAUCGAUCGAGCAGGCAUAUUUCGAGAUCAGCGAACAUCUGGGACUCCAAGGUGUAUCUCCGACAGAUGUGAAGCCACGAGUGAAGACUUAUCUGAGCUCCAAGGACGCAGGUCCCUGGCUCCUGAUCAUCGACAAUGCGGAUGACCUGGAGAUGUGGAAGUCAUCUGGCUCCUCUUCUGGGUUGAAGUCUUUCCUGCCGCACAGUGACUGUGGCUUCAUCCUUGUCACAACGCGAAAUCGGCAGCUCGCGACCCUGCUCGUUGGCCCCGAAGUGAUCAGUAUUGGUGAGAUGGAUGAUCAAAUGGCAGCCAAUCUUCUCCUCGCGUCGCUUACUCAGAAAGAUGUUAAUCAUCACGAUCAAAUUGGUACCGAACUUGUCCGUCAGCUGAGCGGCCUACCUUUAGCCAUCGUGCAAGCAGCGAGUUAUAUUAACGAGACCGGAAUCCCCUUAGAAUCGUAUUUGAGCCUUUUGCAUGAGCAGGAAGAUGUCCUGCUGGACCUACUCAGCCAGGACUUUGAGGAUGAUUGGCGAUAUCACGGAGUACAGAAUCCUGUGGCGGCCACAUGGCUGAUAUCUUUUCAUCAAAUUCAGCAAUCCAACUCAUUGGCAGCAGACUAUCUCUCUAUUAUGGCCUGUGUUCAUCCACGAAGCAUUCCCCGGUCACUACUUCCGCCAGCAACUUCUAUUAUCCAGCAGCAAAAAGCUCUAGGUCUUCUCAAGGCGUAUUCAUUUAUCACAGGAGAAGACCAUGAUCAAUUCAUCCAUCUUCACCGACUGGUUCACCUGGCGAGUCGAAACUGGCUGAAAGCACAAGAAAAACUCACGAUAUGGAUCAGUCAUACGGUCAAACGACUCAGUGAAGUUUUCCCAUCCAGCGCACAUGAACAUCGACGCGUCUGGCGUGAAUAUAUGCCUCAUGCACAGUUCAUUUUACAAGACCAGAAAUUGUCCAUUGAUACUCAGGAUCAGGGUGACUUUAUACAGAAUGUUGCAGAAUGUCUGUAUCGUGAUGGAAAAUAUCACGAUGCUGGAAUUCUUUUUCAAAGAAUUCUUCGAGCCAAGGGCACACAACUUCCAGAAGAUCAUCAUGAUGUGCUUCACAGUAAGGUGUGGAUGGCAUCGACGUUCCGGGAACAAGGACAGUGGACAGAAGCAGAACAGCUGGAGGUGCAAGUGAUAGAGACAAGAAAGAUAGUACUGGGGCCAGAGCAUCCUGACACACUGACCAGCAUGGCGAACCUGGCAUCGACGUUCUGGAAUCAAGGACGGUGGACAGAAGCAGAACAGCUGGGUGUGCAAGUGAUAGAGAAAGAAAAGACAGUGCUGGGGCCAGAGCAUCCUGACACACUGACCAGCAUAGCAAAUCUGGCAUCGACGUUCCGGGAUCAAGGACGGUGGACAGAAGCAGAACAGCUGGAGGUGCAAGUGAUAGAGACAAGAAAGAUAGUACUGGGGCCAGAGCAUCCUGACACACUGACCAGCAUGGCGAACCUGGCAUUGACAUUCCGAAAUCAAGGACGGUGGACAGAAGCAGAACAGCUGGAGAUGCAAGUAAUGGAGAUAUCCAAGACAGUAUUGGGGCCAGAGCAUCCUGACACACUGACCAGCAUGGCGAACCUGGCAUCGACGUUCCGGGAUCAAGGACGGUGGACAGAAGCAGAACAGCUGGAUGCAAUGAUGGAGAUAUCCAAGACAGUAUUGGGGCCAGAGCAUCCUAACACACUGACCAGCAUGGCGAAUCUGGCAUCGACGUUCCGGAAUCAAGGACGGUGGACAGAAGCAGAACAACUGGAGGUACAAGUGAUGGAGACAUCCAAGACAGUGCUGGGGCCAGAGCAUCCCUCUACACUGACCAGCAUGGCGAAUCUGACAUCGACGUUCCGGGAUCAAGGACGGUGGACAGAAGCAGAACAGCUGGAUGUGCAAGUGAUAGAGACAAGAAAGACAGUGUUGGGGCCAGAGCAUCCUGACACACUGACCAGCAUGGCGAAUCUGGCAUCAACAUUCUCAAAUCAAGGACGGUGGACAGAAGCAGAACAGCUGGAGGUGCAAGUGAUGGAGACAUCCAAGACAGUGUUGGGGCCAGAGCAUCCUAACACACUGACCAGCAUGGCGAAUCUGGCAUCAACAUUCUCAAAUCAAGGACGGUGGACAGAAGCAGAACAACUGGAGAUACAAGUGAUGGAGACAAGAAAGACAGUGUUGGGGCCAGAGCAUCCUGACACACUGACCAGCAUGGCGAAUCUGGCAUCAACAUUCUCAAAUCAAGGACGGUGGACAGAAGCAGAACAACUGGAGGUACAAGUGAUGGAGAUAAGAAAUACAGUGCUGGGGCCAGAACAUCCCUCUACACUGACCAGCAUGUGGAAUUUAUCCCAUACAUUAAAGGACCUUGGUCAGUAUUCAGAAGCUUUAUCAAUGCUUGAAACAUGUGUUCAGCUUCAGAGGCAACGACUGGGACCAUCCCAUCCACACACCGUUAUGGCUGCCACAACUCUAGAAGCAUGGCAAGCUGAGGAAAUUCCUGAGGAUCUGUCAUCUCUACAAGGAGCAGAUUCUGAUACAGAGAGCUCCCCCAGACUAGUCACUUCAGGCGUACGUCCAGCACCCACUUCACAGCCUGCGGAGCUGACCCUCCCGAAAAGAAAUAUUUUCUCUGGACUUUAUCGCCAGAUAUUUUCAAGAAGGAAAAAGUCCGACUGGCCCACAAUGUGAAUAACCUAGAUACCUUGCGAGAUAGAAACCCGUCAACACUGAUCCAAUUCCAAUCGGGCAAACAUCCCAACCUUAAUGCAGCACUAAUUAAAACCUUCACAUAGUUUGGUAGUAGUUCAAAAUCGC